GCAGCAGAGGCAGCACCAUCGGAGCACACACACAUUCCACACGAGUGAGCGCACCUUCUUGCGUUUUUUCAGCAACGCAGCCGGUACCAUGGCGAUCCCUCUAGACGAACUGCCGCUGAGGGUGCGCACAGUCAAGAUUGUGGGAAACAACCGGACGAGGCCCUACGUCGUGGAAGAUCAGCUCCAGGACGCCUAUGAGGCGACGACCGUGGGCGAUGUCUACGGCGGUCUGGUGGAGGGAGCACAAAGGCUCGAUGGGAUGGGGCUGUUCGAGUCUGUUCAAGUGUCGAUGGAUGCCGUCGACGACGGUUCGCUGGACCAGACGGACGUAACCGUCACCGUGAAGGAGAAGAACUGGUACUUGCUGCAGUCGGGGGCCACGACGACGGGAACGGCGAAAGGAAACCUGGACGCCUCCGAAUUCAGCAACCUCAGGUAUUCGGUGGCGGGGGCCCUGCGGAACCCGCUCGGGCACGGGGAGAUGCUGGACGUGGGCUACAACAGCCCCAUCGCGGGCCAGGAGGGUCACACCGUGAGCGCCAAGCUGUACCUGCCGAACCUGUUCCGCACACCGGUGUCGGGUACGCUGGAAGCUAUCAUGGACACGGUGAGGAGAUCAUAACCGGGGUCUCCGUGGUGUUAGUCUAUCAUCCCCCUGAAAUGAAUCGAUUUUCGAAAGUGGUCGGUGUUUCCCACAACAAUGACGUGUUUUUUUUUUGGUGAAGAGUGAUGAUUGUCAAGUAAGCUUUUGGGGAUAGUGUCUUGUCUGCACACCCCUUCGUGCUGUGGGUAUGUGGAGGAACGUGAGAUCGGUCCGACCGGUGUGGCAACUUGUGCAACGCGGCGUGUGUUUGCUGUGUGUAUACUAGGUAGUCCACGCGCGUGGGCGUUUCGAUUUCACGUUUUCCUCGUCUGUGUUCCGCUGUCUAGCCUUGCCUACUUGUCUGGGAGGUCGUCUUCGAAGGCGAAAACAUUCGAUAAUGAUCCUGCCGAAUCUUUGACCUGUCCCUGAGCUUCGGACAGUUUCAACGCCUGCCAAAGUCAUCAAGCUAAGUAGACAAGGCCCAGUGAUUCCGCGUUGGCUUCCUCCACUCGUCUUUCUUCCUCCUGUGUUGACACACGUAACAUACCCUCCUGCAACAUCACACGCAACCCCUCACACACGCAUGACGAACACCCCCUGGUUCAUCCGUGUGAGACGUCGCCUAGGCCGGCGAAAACUCGGCGUAUCGCUCCGAAUCCUUCCUGCGAGGCCAAUGGUCUAACAACGACGACUACAGCAUGCGUGCCCCUCCCCCCCGUCUCCAGGAAGCGUGACC